AUGUUCAUGCUGGAAGCUCGGCGAGAACAGCCUGGUUUUGAAUAUAGCCGGAGUGGAAAUCCUACCCGAAAUUGCCUGGAAAAGGCUGUAGCUGCACUGGAUGGGGCUAAAUACUGUUUAGCUUAUGCUUCUGGUUUAGCUGCUACCCUGAAUAUUACUCACCUGUUAAAGGCAGGAGAUACCAUUAUCUGUAUGGAUGAUGUCUAUGGAGGUACAAACAGGUAUUUCAGGAAAGUAGCCAUGAAAAUGGGUUUGAACAUCAUUUUUGUUGACUGUACAAAAUUGGAAUGCUUGGAAGCUGCAAUUACACCAGAGACCAAGCUUGUUUGGAUUGAGACCCCUACAAACCCCACACUGAAGGUCAUUGAUAUUCAAGGCUGUGCAGAUGUGGUACAUAAGCAUAAAGAUGUUCUUCUAGUAGUGGACAACACUUUCAUGUCUGCAUAUUUCCAGCGUCCUUUAUCUUUGGGGGCUGAUAUUUGUAUGUAUUCUGCAACCAAAUACAUGAAUGGGCACAGUGAUGUUGUAAUGGGACUUGUUUCAGUAAAUUGUGAUGAUCUCUAUGAAAGGCUCAAAUUCUUACAAAACUCUCUUGGAGCUGUUCCAUCUCCUUUUGACUGCUAUCUGUGCAAUCGUGGCUUGAAGACAUUGCAAAUCCGGAUGAAGCAACAUUUCCACAAUGCGUUGGCUGUCGCUCAAUUUCUUGAGUCAGAUUCUCGGGUGGAGAAAGUCAUUUUCCCUGGAUUGCCUUCACACCCUCAGCAUGAGUUGAUCAAGCGGCAGAGUACUGGCUGUCCUGGGAUGGUAACCUUUUAUAUUAAAGGAAAUCUUGAACACGCUGUUACUUUUCUCAAGAAUUUAAAGGUUUUUGCGCUAGCUGAGAGUCUGGGAGGAUAUGAAAGCCUAGCAGAGCAUCCGGCUAUCAUGACUCACUCCUCAGUGCCUAAGGAAGAUAGGGAGGUUCUUGGAAUCAGUGAUACAUUAAUUCGUCUAUCAGUUGGUUUGGAAGAUGAAGAAGAUUUACUGGAAGACCUAGAUCAAGCUCUGGAAGCUGCAUUUCCAGAAAAUAAGGCUUUCAACUAACAUCUAAAACCUGAAUGUGGAAGUUGAACGUUAAGCGACUAAAGAAGAUGACAUGAAAAGUCAAACUGCUAACAGUUUUCCUUGGAUUUGCCUUGAGAAUUGAAAUCCGUUCAAUCAGUCUCUAGAUUCGGGGGAAGUUUUCCCUUUGUGCCAUUAUGUCCCUUCUGUUAAGGUCUGUUUGUAUGUUGGUUAUACACUAUUGCACAAACUUGACAUUCUCCUCUGUGUCCAUUUCUGGUUGCAUUGUAAUCCUUGUCACUGGAAUCAAAGAGGUCAAUUUAUGUUUGAAGGAAGCUGUGAUAAUAUACUGAGGAAUGUUAUGGCCAGUUCUCUCAGUAGUUAUUAAUGUUUCUCAAUUGUCAUGCUAAUGCUAAGAGGAUGUUAUUAUCACUAGGGUUUGUUU